AUGUUUGAGGUUAAUAUAUUUGAAUUACAUUUAGAAGUCGCACGUCAACGUCGUGUACGUCUAUUUAAUUUACGACCCAUUGAUUCAAGUGAAAUGGCUGCAGCACGAGAACAACGUUUACGUGAAAUAAAAAUGGGUGAAGUUAUUCGUGAGAUUGUUAUUUAUGUAUUUUUCACAAUUAUUUUAUUAUUUCUAUCAUAUCAAUCACGAGAUACAAAUUCAUAUGGUGUAUAUCGAGAUACAAAAAAUUUAUUUAUUACUACAGAUUUUCAUGAAGUUAAUUCUCUUGGUAAAUGGUGGGAUUAUUGUGAUAAUGUUUUAUUAAAAGGACUUUAUGCUCAAAAAUGGUAUAAUGAAAAGAAUUUAACUUGGAGAGAAAAAUUAACAACUGGAAGUCGAGUAUCAAUGCGUGUUGGUGCACCAAGAAUUCGACAAUUACGUGUUAAAGAAAAUAGUUGUCGUGUUCAUCGUCGUGUUAAACAUGUUAUAAAACAUUGUCGUGAUGAUUAUAAUUGGUUUGAUGAUGAUACUAAAGAUUAUACACCAAAAUGGGAAAAGAUUUUAAAUAAAACUGCAAUGAAUCUUGUAAAUGAAUCAAAUAAUGGAUCAAAACGAUGUAAAACACCUUGGUGUUAUCAAAGUAGUGUUCGUACUAAAAGUGGUCCAUUUACAGGUCUUUAUAAGACAUAUAAAGGUGGUGGCUAUGUUGUAUCAUUAGGUCGUACCCAUGAAAAAGGUGCAACUAUUAUUCGAGAACUUCGUUCACAAAAUUGGCUUGAUCAAUUAACACGUGCCGUAUUUAUUGAUUUUUCAUUAUAUAAUGCAAAUGUUAAUUUAUUUAUUUCUGUUACACUUUCAUUUGAAAUGACAUCAAUGGGUUCAGUUAUUCAAGAUUAUCAAAUAAAAAUCUUUCGUUUAUAUGAUCAUAUUGGUGGUUAUGGUAUGCUUGUUUAUAUAUUCGAAUUAUUAUUUCUUUUCUUUACAAUUUAUUCAACUAUACAUGAAAUAAUAUUACUUGUUAAACAAAGACGAGAAUAUUUUUCUAAAUUUUGGAAUAUUAUUUCAUUUAUUACAGUCGUAUUUAGUAUAACAUCAAUUAUAAUGUAUGGAACAAAGAAGACUUUAACACGAUUAGCUAUUCGUUCAUUGAAAAAAAAUGAAAUGGGUAAGAAUGGAAAAUAUUUUUUCUAG